AUGGAUGAAGAAGCAGCGUUGGAGGUGGUGGAGGAAGAAGCCGUGUUUGAGGUGGAGGAGGAAGAAGCCAUGUUGGAGGUGGAGGAGGAAGAAGCCGUGUUGGUGGUGGUGGAUGAGGAAACCGUGUUGGAGGAGGAGGAAGCCGUGUUGGAGGUGGAGGAGAAAGAAGCCGUGUUGGAGGAGGAGGAAGCCGUGUUAGAGGUGGAGGAGGAAAGAAGCCGUGUUGGAGGUGGAGUAGAAAGAAGCCUUGUUGAUGGUGGUGGAGGAGGAAACCGUGUUGGAGGUGGAGGAGGAGGAAGCCGUGUUGGAGGAGGAGGAGGAGGAGGAGGAAUGAGUAAAUAUUAA